UUCAGAGGCGAAUGAACUGCAAAGUUUAAAGCCUCUUAACAACAAAGAACUAUAUUUUGUAUAAAAAUAAGUGCUGCGCUAUUAAUUAUAGAAUCUCAAGAACGUAACUAUGAUUAAAGUUCAAAACUAUAAAUAUAACAAAAAAAUGGAGAUUCCAUUCAUGGCUUUAUCAGUACCUUUUUAAAGUGAAUUAUUUGUAUAGUUACAGUAAUUUUGUCUCACGUUAUUGAAAACGGUGAACUUGAGUUUGUGACCCUUCUGAUGGCUGGUAUAAAUAACAUCCAUGACCACAUUACCAAUCUCACUCUAUUCGAUAUCGCUUGGGAGGAUGUUCUUUACGUGAGAUUAUUUCCAUUGUUCCCUUUGAAGGACUUAUUUAAUCUACGCUGUUGCUCCCGGUUGAGCAAAGUUUUUGUGGACAGUGGCUUCCGAAAACUCAAAGAAAUCAAUCUAUCAGGAAUCAACAACCCUGGCGUUCAGAGAUCUUUCCAUGUUUUGUCCCGCAACUGCGGCAAUGCACGUUUGGUCAACCUAGCAAAAUGCGACUGGCUGAACGAUUCCCUUCUUUGCGAAUUCAUCGAAUUCAACACGAAAAUUGAAAAGCUAAACUUGAGUGGUUGUUUCAACAUUACGGCGGCAUCAAUCGAAUCAGUCAUAAUCGAGUGCAAGGAGUUGCAAGUAUUAAAGUUAGCACACUGCAGUAGACUUACGAGUGGUGCCUUGGAGGCACCUACGACGCACGACUCCAAAAUUCGAGAGCUGGAUCUUUCCUACUGCUGCGCGUUGAGCGAGCGUUGUAUUACAAUUUUACUGGUAAACUGUAAUUAUUUGAGCACUCUUUCGGUGGCCUACGUUCCAUGCGUUACGGACAACUUGCUUUACACGAUAGCGAAGAACUUGAAAAGCAUCAAGCAUUUGAACAUCAUUGGAUGUCAACAGACAUCAGAUCGAGGCGUUGGCGCGCUGUCACUUUACUGCAAUGGAUUACAAUCACUGAUGGUUCGAGAUUGUUCUAACAUUACGGAGAGAAGCUUAUCCCUGCUUCGAGGACGAGUUUUUAUUGAUCGUCCACGUAUCUUUCCACAACAGCCGAUGAUCGCUCCAAGACUUUGUCUGCAAGUUUGAAUGGCUAAUGUAGUAAAGAUUAACCAGGAUAAGAACAAAACAGAAAUGUUUUUACACGAUAACUUCAUGUAUUAUUCAUUAUUAUUAUAGCAUGUAUAUAAAGUUAUAAACGUAUCUAA